AUGUCAGGCGACACCUUGAUGGGGGACCCCGACGACGCUCUCUUCUUCCCCGACACACGUCGCGCGGGAGAGGGAGGUGGCGAUGGAGGAUCCCCGUUCGACACCGACGCGUGGGACGACGAGGUGCUCGAUGUCAUUGACAAGGCGAGCGACACCUACGCCGCCAACCGCAGCAUCCACUACUACCUCGAGUACCACAAGCAGGAGUUCCUCGAGCUCUUGGAGCGCCAGGUCAACCUGAUCAAGACUCGCUCGCCGGUCCUGAAGCACAAUCGAAUCACCGUGUACGACAAGGCGCUCCUGAACAUCACCCGCAGCGGCCGCGACCUGGACCAACCCGCAGCCAUUGUCGUCUUUUGCGAAGAGUACCUUGGGAUCAGCAUCGCGGUGAAAGGAAGGGCUUCAGAUGUCACAACUGCACUUGGUCGCGCCAUGGACCUUCGAAACACUUUGAUCAGAGAUGCCCCCGAUCACGCGGAUUCCUACCAGCGAAGCCCCGAUCCCGAGCCAGAACACCCUGCGGUAAUCGAGGGAGGCCAAACUCAUAUGCAAGUGGUCGAUACGCAAGUCACACGUCUCUGGCAGGUCUACGAGCAGGCCAAAGCGGAUUUCAAUGCCGUGCCCAACAGAGAAGGCCAAGAGAUUAUCGACGCAGCCAAAUUUCUUCGCGACACCGCCGAGAACGCGAUCCAAUACCUGGCGGACAAGGACGUCGAUCCGGAAGCAAUGGCGGAAUUGCAGUCCACCUGCAACAUGGCAAAAGCGAACGUCGUGUCGUUGACCGGUGGCCGCAAGCGCAAGUUCGACGUCGUCGACAAGCUGGAGCAUGCACCUCGUGGACCCGAGGCAGAUGUUGCUGAAACUCCGACCGUUUCCUACGGACCCGAAACAUUCGAGGCAACUCCAAAUCCCGCAGCAGAACAGGCACAGGCGUACCGUCGCCGUCCCCUCGACGCUCGUGAGGACGACGUCAACAGCAAGAGGGAGAGGAGCGAGGGUAAGGAUCAGCAUCAUCAUCAUGACCAUCACUAUUCCAAGAGCUCGGACAGCGAGUACGGUGCUGGUGCAAGAUACUCCUCGUACGCUGGCGAGUCGGAGAGAGGAAGAAACAGAGAGAGACAACGCCGAAAUCGACGCCUAUAUGCACACAGUGGACGCGGUCAUGGAGACAGGGACAGGGACAGAUCUCGCAGUCGCAGACGCAAGGACCAUACCCGGGAUGCAAGCCGUGGUAAAGACCGUGAGUACGAGUGUGGUCGUGAUCGUGAUCGUGAUCGCUAUCACCGCGAGCGCAGCGACGAGGACGGAUACUGGCGACGACCCGAAACUCCGCCGUGGGACAGACACUGGAGCAGAGAGAGGACUCACCCGUACAGGAGAGAGGUCGACUCGUACAAGCCGUCGCGCAGAUGA